UCUCGUUGUUUGUUUACAACCUGGAAACUUCCUGCCUGCUAGUAGUUUUGUCCACAGUAAGCUAACUGGGUUUAAACUUUACAAGCAAGCUUUCAAGAUGGGAUGUGAUGGAGGCACGAUUCCCAAAAGACACGAGUUGGUGAAAGGCCCCAAAAAAGUCGAGAAGGUUGAUAAAAAUGCAGAGUUGGCUGCCAAAUGGAAAUACUGUGCCUUGAGCCAGGAGAAACUCAGACGCCCAAUUGUUUCCUGUGACCUGGGAAGGCUCUAUAACAAAGAUGCUAUCAUUGAAUAUCUUCUGGAUAAGUCUGCUGAGAGACCCAAUACUGAGGCUGUAGCUCACAUCCGUGGAAUCAAGGAUAUAAAGGAAUUGAACUUGACUGAUAACCCUGAGUGGGAGGGAGAGAGAAGAAAUUCUAAAGGAGACCGAUAUGAGGACAUCCACUGCGGCAUGUUCAUUUGCCCGGUUGUUGGUUUGGAGAUGAAUGGCAAGCACAGGUUCUGUUACCUUCAGAGCUGUGGCUGUGUCUUUUCUGACAGGGCCAUGAAGGAGGUCAAGACAGAAAUCUGCCACAAGUGUGGUGACCCGUUUAAAGAGGAGGAUAUCAUUGUGCUCAAUGGCACCAAGGAGGAGGUGGAGGAGCUUAGGGAGAAGAUGGAAGAGAGGCGGGCCAAAGCCAAAACUAAGAAAUCAAAGAAGAGCAAAGCAGCUGAAGCUGUGUCCACACCAUCGGAAACAAAAGAUGCCACACAAUCUCCACAAGUGGAUGUAGCAGGGAGGAGCUCGCUACAAAAUGGUAGUGAAACAAGUCAGUCAGCUGUUGCCGGACCCUCUGGAUCCUCCAGCUCGUCUAAAGAUAUCAAGUCUUCAAUGACCUCCGCUACCACCAAAAGGUCCAUCCAGGACAUGGAGGAGAGGUCGGAGGUCUUCAAAUCUCUCUUCACCAGCCACAGCUCCGCCAAGCGCACCAAAGAGCAGACAUCCAACUGGGUCACCCAUACCCCGUAUCACUUUUAGUAACUCACUCAGAGUAAAAAUCCCCAUUUUUAGAAUGCUCCAGAAAUUGUGACCCAUUAAAGACCCAUUACUAAUAAACCUAGUUCUACAUACCCAGCUCCAACACGCACACACACACACACACACACACCAUACCCAUAUGGUCUCUAAUAAUGUCACCGAUGUGUGGAAUCCUAAAAUGUCUCUUCAGUCCCCUGUAGCUCAUUGUUUACAUGUUGUGAACAUUUUGUUAAUAGCUCCCCAAGCUGGUCAGACUCUUUUGUUUUAUAACCUAAUUCCUCCCCCAUGUAUUCCCCAGCAUCUCCAUGUUCUCAGCCACAGGCGCUUGAGAAUUGAUGCUAGGGUGACUUUAUUAUUUCUUUCACUCUGCUGCCUCCUAGUGGACAGAAUGCAGCUUUUGCGUGAUCUCCACAUGGUUUAAACCAUAGAAGUGGUGUUAGAUUAUAUAUAGGCUUGAUAUGACUCUUGGUUUAAGGUGUAAAACUGCAAAAGCUUUGUAUUCCCAAUGCAGGUCCUACUGUGUUAUUCCUGUUUUCAAUAAUUAGAGUCUAUGAAGGAACACAUUUGUGAUGACUUUUUUUCCCCCAGUACGACCUUCGCCACCAUUUCUAUUUUAUAGAAUAUAUAUUGAACACUUUAAUCUAGUAUUUUGUGCUCAUUGUAUUGGUCAUUUGAUUGAUUUAUUUGAAAAAAAAAAAUUUGGUUAACAACAUAAAGAAAGUUUAAAGCAACUUGCCUAUUUAAGCUUCUGAUGCUUAUAAAUCAACAGUACCUGCACAGGGCAACAGACAAACUUAAGUAAGGUGUAAUUUAACAGGAUAAUAGGAAAUGUACUUUUAGCUUAGUGCUGUUCCUCAGUUGAACAUCACACUUAAAUAUUUUUUCCCCCCAAACUGUUUUUCUCCUAUUUGGAAGAUCAGUAAACUAACUAAAUAUAUUAUGUUGGCUUCCAGUUUAAUAGUAAAAUGUAGUGAAAUUGAAGUAUAUUUUCUACACACUUGUCACACAACUGUUUUUUUCCAUUGGAGAUUAAAAAUGUGUUCUAAAUGUUUGCAAUUGGAAAGUAAUUAAAUUUUUUUGUUUUUUGUUUGUAAUAUGCUAAUGUCAAAAUAAAUUUGCUGCCACACA